UGGAUGUUUUCAAACAAAACGACUUGAACAUUGCCUCACAGGACCAUCAGCAACAAACAAACAGCCUGCGACCACAGCCAUAAAAACUCUCCACCGACCUCCCAACCCAGUUCAAACUUUGCCCACGCUAUCCAGUAAAUAACACCACCUAAACACCAACCCCAAGAUGUCCCCUCCCCCACCAGCCUCCAAACCACCAAAAUCCAUCCUCAAAAAAACCACCCACCCAACAACCGGCUUCUCCCAACUACCUUCACCUACCGAACCCUCCAACCAGCAACAGCAGCGCGACUUCAUCUCCCCCGGCUCCCUCCCCAUCUCCUUCCCCGACCUAUCUUCCCUCCCCACCGAACAGCGGCUCGCCCACGAACAAGCCCUCCUCCUCCAACGCCUAUCCCAAACCGAGCUCAAGCCCGCCAUCCCCCUCGAAACCAUCGAGCUCCUCUCCUCCUCCUUCCCCACCCAGCGCACGCCUCCCGCCUUACACCCUCUCAACCACCAGCCCCUGAGCGCCGCCAACCCCCACCCCGACGAUGCCCGUCAGUUUCUCAAAUUGGUAGCCGACUUCACGCCGCGGGAAUACCUGGAGCUCAUCGAAGAGCGCAACUGUCUGGGUGCGUGCGGGUACGUGCUCUGCCCGCGGAAGAGGAGGCAAUAUGAGGGAGAGUACAAGAUCAUUAUGCGGACGGGCAACAUUGCCAAGACGGAGGACCUGAACAAGUGGUGCUCGGAUGCGUGUGCGGUCCGGGCGCUGUAUGUCAAGGUGCAGUUGGAUAAUCCGAGUUAUAUGACGGAUCUGGAGACGGGGAAGAGGGUGGUCAAGGUUGAGUUGAGAGAGGAGGAGGAGAAGAAGAAGAAGCAGCCGUUUGGAGAGGAAGAGAAGGCCAAGGACAAGGCAGCGACAAGUAUCACAGAAGCGGAGGAGAAAGUCGCUGCUGAUCUGGCGAGACUGGACCUCAAUAGGAAGGCCGAGAUUUCGGAUAAGGCUGCGCAGAUGCAGAGAGACGCUGACGCUUUGGCGGUUGAGAGAGGCCAGGGUAGCGGGAAGCUGGAUAGGCUGCUAGCCGGUCAAGGUGUUGAAGUGACGAUCCGGGAGAAGCCAACGACAGGUCCGGCAAAAGCACCGGAUCAUAUAACGGCGUCCUCUACGGCCCGGAAGAAGAACCCGCAGGAUGCCCAUCAUAUGGUUGAAGGCCAUAAGCCUAGGUUUGGCACUGAUAUCAAGAGCCAGGAAGCUGCAAAGAAAGAUGGCAGCGAGAGCGAAAGUGAAGAUACUGAUGAGGACGAUGAUGACAUUAACGACUAUCUGUCGGGACGCAUGCAAAUAUCCAUGUAGUCCAGGCAAGACAGUAACAACGCUAGAUUGUAGAACCUGCGCAGAACCUGGCCAGACAUAGCAUUUACAGAUGACCAAUCUUAAUAGAUACCCACCUUGAGUCUACUACAGAGUUCGUUGGGCCAACCAAGAACGUAAAGCCUACGUAGUUUUCUAUACCCAGACGGGCGUUUGAUGGCUGUCCAAGUGGCGGACUAGACAAGCUGCGAGUUAGCAUAUCACCAGAACUGGGAGGUACCUUGAUGGCGUU